GCUGAAUGCCCAGGGUGGGCAGGUCUUAUAAGCACACAGCCCCUUCCUUGCUUAGAGCAGACACAGCUCACAUUGCCAGGGAGAGGAGAUCAGAGUCAGUACAGCCACUGCUGGCUGUGCAGGGGACACAUCUGCCUUGGCAGAAAGCAAUGACAGCCCCGCAGGAGAGUGCCAGGCUCAGGUGACAUCAGAAUAUGGAGGCAUGGGUCACCCUAGGGCUCCCCCUUGCACAGUGCCUGGGCUGAGGAGUGCAGGUGAUGGCACCUGGAGAAGAGCUACUUUAAGGAGACGGUCCCUGAGCUUGCCAACCUGUGCCAACACUUCUUCCCAGGGGGUAAAUCUUCCCUAUCUCACUGGCAUCAUGGGCUCCGGUGCUUUUAAAGAGACCCUGCAGCUUCUGCUCCUGAUGUGGAUUUUCUUCCCUUCAGUCUUGUGUCACACCGAGAUCCGGGCCCACCCUGAGGAACGUCUGCUGAAGAAGCUUUUCCUGGAGUACAACAAGUGGUCCCGUCCAGUGGCCAACAUCUCCGAUGCAGUCUUAGUGCGCUUUGGCCUUUCUAUAGCCCAACUUAUCGAUGUGGAUGAGAAAAAUCAGAUGAUGACCACGAACGUCUGGGUGAAGCAGGAAUGGCACGAUUACAAGCUGCGCUGGGACCCCCUGGAAUACGACAACGUCACAUCCAUACGGAUCCCGUCAGAGCUGAUCUGGAGGCCGGACAUUGUCCUUUACAACAAUGCCGAUGGGGACUUUGCAGUGACCCACUUGACCAAAGCCCACCUGUUCUAUGACGGACGGAUAAAGUGGACCCCCCCGGCCAUUUACAAGAGCUCCUGCAGCAUUGAUGUCACCUUCUUCCCCUUCGACCAGCAGAACUGCACCAUGAAGUUUGGCUCGUGGACUUAUGACAGAGCCAAGAUCGACCUGAUCAGCAUGCACAGCCACGUCGACCAGCUCGACUACUGGGAGAGCGGAGAGUGGGUCAUCGUCAACGCCGUCGGCAACUACAACAUCAAAAAGUACGAGUGCUGCACGGAGAUCUACUCGGACAUCACGUAUUCCUUCAUCAUUCGUAGACUUCCUCUCUUCUAUACCAUUAACCUGAUCAUUCCUUGUCUUCUCAUCUCCUGCCUGACCGUGUUGGUCUUCUACUUGCCUUCAGAAUGUGGGGAGAAGAUCACGUUGUGUAUAUCCGUCCUGCUCUCUCUCACCGUCUUCCUUCUCCUCAUUACCGAGAUCAUUCCAUCCACGUCUCUGGUCAUCCCGUUGAUUGGAGAAUACCUGCUCUUCACCAUGAUCUUUGUCACCCUCUCCAUCAUCAUCACGGUCUUCGUGUUGAAUGUCCACCACCGUUCCCCCCGCACGCACACCAUGCCGGCUUGGGUGCGCAGAAUAUUUUUGGACGUGGUGCCCAGGGUGUUGUUCAUGAAGAGGCCUGCGAAGGACAACUGCAAGAAGCUGAUCGAGUCCUUGCUGCAUAGCCGGCCACUUAGUUCUCCACCAAGACUGUGGUCUGAGACAGAGAUCGAGCCGGCCCUCCCAAGCUCAUCUUCGGCCAGCCCCACCAGCCAGAGGGUAUCGCCAACGUCUUCCUGUUGCCAGCAGCUGGAGCAGACGGCCAACUCGCAAGUGGUCUGCAAGUCCCCCUCUGGGCAAUAUUCCAUGCUGUGCGAGGAAUCAACUUUGACCAGCUGCCCUUGUCCUCCAAACCAAACUGGUCUUCUUGGAGAGCCCCAGACCAACCUGAUGCCCAAGGUUCGCUCUGUAAGCGUGCAGCAGAUGUACACGCCCAAGGAAACCAGUGAGGCUACAAUCCGUUGUCGGUCCAGGAGCAUACAGUACUGCUACCUUCAUGAGGAUUCCUCCCAAGCCAAUGGUCAGUCCAGCGCCUCGCCACAGUCUCAGAGCUGCCACGUGCAUGAAGCACAGCAGACUUCGAAUUCUCAGUGCAAAUGCAAACCCAAAACCCAGGAGAAGCCAAGUGGCGCCAGUCAAGUUACCAAAACAGUCAGUACCAAAGAGCAGCAUGUGCUGCUGAUGUCUCCAUCCCUCAAGUUGGCCAUCGAAGGAGUCCACUAUAUCGCAGACCACAUGAGAGCAGAAGAUGCCGACUUCUCUGUAAAACAAGACUGGAAGUAUGUGGCCAUGGUCAUCGACCGGAUCUUCCUCUGGAUGUUCAUCAUCGUCUGCCUCCUGGGAACCGUCGGACUCUUCCUUCCACCCUGGUUGGCCGGCAUGAUCUAACCAUAGAGUACGGGGCCCACCGCACCAGGAGGACGAGGGGUGGGGGAAACAGCCCAGCGGGGAUGGGAAGUCGGGCGCAUGAAUGCAUGGAGAAUGCAGAGAGAGGACU